AUGACCAGCUUAGACAUGCGAUGGCGGUGUGCUGUCCUUGUCCAGGUGUAUUCAAUUGACGUAAACACUGUUGUGGUCUUACUUGGCCUCUCCCAUCGGUCCGUCACACGGUUCAAUACGCAGUUCAUGAAGACGGGGACCGUCGAUGCAAUGCGCAACACGUCUCCGUGCUUCUACAUCGAAGAGCUCCAAGACGCGCUGAAGUUGGAAUUCCCCACGCUUGCAAAUGUCUACAAAGCUACCAUUUGUCGCGCAUUGAUGCACGAUUUGGGCUUGACUCGCAAAGUGCUUGAAAAGCGAGCUCGCGAAGCGGCAGUUUUUGAGCUGCAUGACUACUACCGUCGACUUCGCCCUUUGUAUUCCAACCCCGACCAGUUGGUGUUUGUCGACGAGACAUCAAAAGACGGCCGUGAUGCCUUGCGGAAACAGCGGGUGUCUGGUCGGGCCGUGCAAAAACUUGCGUAUUGA